AUGGAACAGUCCGAAGAUAUAGAAGCGAAAUUAUCGAAUUUAGAUUGUAAAUAUGGAAUGUUACCUUUUGAAAAACAAAUAUUUAUGGAUUUAUUUGAAAUGGAUGCACUUUUAAUUAUGGCUAAAGGACUCAAUUAUAAUACAAUAUUAGCAAACUUCCUUUGGGUCCAUAAACAUUCCUCACAUUUAGUUCUUAUCAUAAAUAGCAAUGAUCAUCAAGAAAGGUACUUCAGUGAGAAGUUUAAAUUGACAGCUUUACCAACUUUAGGAUCAGAAAGAGAAAAAGUAUACUUAGAAGGGGGAAUCCAUUUCAUUUCAACAAGAAUCCUAGUGGUGGAUUUAUUGAAGAAUCGCAUACCAAUUUCUCAAAUCACAGGAAUAAUUGUCCUAAGAGCUCACACUGUUUUGGAAUCCUGCCAAGAAGCAUUUGCUCUAAGGUUGUAUAGGCAGCAUAAUAAGACAGGUUUUAUUAAAGCAAUGUCUAAUUCUCCCAUAUCAUUCACAUUUGGAUAUCAUCAAGUGGAAAAAGUAAUGAGGGCAUUGUUUGUCACAGAAUUAUUGUUAUGGCCUAGAUUUCAUGGCAAUGUAAUUAAAAGUCUCAAAAGCAGAAUUGCUGAAGUAGUUGAGAUACAUAUACCCCUUUCAACUAAUGUCAGCCACAUACAAACCUGCCUGAUAGAUAUUAUAAAUCACACUGUGAAAGAACUAAAAAGUAUAAAUAGAAAUUUGGAUAUGCAGGAAAUCACCACAGAAAACUGUCUCACUAAAAAAUUUCACAAAAUACUACAAUCACAGUUGGAUUGUGUUUGGCAUCAGUUGAGCACAAGAACUAAAGAAUAUAUUCAAGAUUUAAAAAUAUUAAGAAGCAUGAUAUUAAAUGUACUGCACGAUGAUUGUGUUUCAUUUUAUGCUUUAGUCAACAAAUACAGAACACCUGAAUAUGCUCAAAUUAAUUCGGGCUGGAUACUUCUAGAGUCAGCAGAACAAUUAUUUCGCCUUGCUAGAGGUCGAUUAUAUAACCCUAAUAACGAAUUUGACCCGGAACUACCACCGAAAUGGAAAAUCUUGAGUGAGCUUCUAGUAGAUGAAAUCCCAGAAGAAGUAAAGAAAAAACAAGAUGGAAAUUUAAAAAAUACUAAAAUAUUAAUCCUCUGUCAAGAUAAUAGGACAUGCUCGCAACUCAAUCAUUAUCUCACGAUAGGGCCCAGUAAAUAUCUCUUGUACAUGGCCUUUCGAAGAGAUUUGACCAUAAAUGCAGUUUCAUCAAAAUAUAAAGAUUAUAAACACGAAUUUGAAAAAAAGGACACCAAAUCCGAAAAAAAUAAAAACACUAAAAUAAAUGCAGAAGAAAACGAGGAAGCCAAAGAAAUAGAUACAUGUGAAGAUUUUGAAGCUGAUGAGUCCAAUAAAUGCAAUUAUGUUCUAACUUUAUCGCAAGUGCCACAAAAAAAUAAAGAUUUAGACGAAAGCAUUUUCGAACCCAUAACUCAGAUUGAUAAUCUGGAUAUAACACAAAUGGAAAAUGAUAAACCAUUAAUUUUUAUUCAAACAUUUAAAGAAAAUGGAAAUAAUUUUUCACUUGAACAAUCUUUAGAAAUUUUACGUCCUGAAUAUAUUAUAUUGUAUCAUAGUGAUGUAUCAGCAGUAAGGCAAAUAGAAUUAUUUGAAUGUCGAAAAAAACCUAAUGAGGUGACAUGCAAGGUUUAUUUCAUGAUUCAUGAUAAAACAGCAGAGGAACAAGCUUACCUGACAUCGUUAAAAAGGGAGAAACAAGCAUUCGAGUUAUUAAUUGAAACAAAAAGUACAAUGGUCGUACCAAAGUACCAAGAUGGAAAGACAGAUGAAUAUUUCAACUUGAAUGUAGAAGAUGACAUUGAGACUGUAGAUACAAGAAAAGCUGGAGGGCAAAGUCAACUAAAGGAGAAACCCUUAGUCAUAGUCGAUAUGAGAGAAUUUCGUUCCGAUCUUCCAGCAUUACUUCACAAAAAAGGCAUAAAUAUUGAACCUGUCACUAUUGCUAUUGGAGAUUACAUUCUCACUCCGGAAAUAUGUGUGGAACGGAAGUCGAUAUCGGACUUAAUAGGAUCUUUGAAUUCCGGACGGUUGUUUACACAGUGUACGCAAAUGUGUCGUAAUUAUACUAGACCCAUUUUGCUAAUUGAAUUUGAUCAAAACAAGCCCUUCAAUUUGCAGGGAAAUCUUGUGGUCUCUUCAGACAUAUCGGGGGCAAAUAUUCAACAGAAACUUCAACUUCUCACAAUACACUUUCCGAGGUUAAAGCUAGUUUGGUCACCAAGUCCUUAUGCUACUGCAGAACUUUUCUAUGAACUAAAGCAAGGAAGAAAGAAUCCUAACGUAGCAGAAGCACUCGCACUUAGCGGUGAAAAUACAGCCGACGACAUGAACUAUGAAAGAUACAAUGUACUAGUUCACGAUUUCGUUCAGAAAUUGCCAGGCGUCACCACUAAAAAUAUUUCAAGAAUACUUAACAGAGGUGUUUCACUACAUCAUUUGCUGUCGUUGACUAAAAAUCAAUUGGAAGACCUUAUAGAGAAUAAAAACGAAGCAGACACCCUUCAUUCUAUAUUGCAUAUGAAAGCUAAACCAGCCGAUGCUGCUGAAGACAAAAAGUUUGGCAAAAAGAAGUUUCCUCGGAGACAGAUGUAUAAAAAUAAACAAUAA